GCGGUUUCUUGACAGACGCCUUGAGUUCCUUUGCUACGUGUCCAUGUUUGAUGUUACGUGGUCCUGUCAUUAGUUACAGUGUGUUAAGCAGAACAGACUUGAAAUCGUUUUUAAGCUCAUGUUAAUGUUAAUACAAUUGUAUAGGAUGGGAAAUUUCACAAAAGGUCCGACUAUUUGAGCUUCCCCUUCCUUCUCACUAAAAUAUGGAUCCAAUUGAAAUCCAAUUGUUGUUUUUACUUUUUUAUGGGUUUUGUUUGACGCAUAUUUUAAAAUGACACUAGACGGAUGGCGUUGUAUAAAGCUUUGGUAAAAGCACAUCUGAAACAAGAAGACAGUGUUCUUGAUUUUCUCAAAAGCAGCAAGUUUUCACUCAGUCUGACUGUUGGAUGUUGGUGGAUCACAGAUGCAUCUAAAAAUGAUUUUCUGGUACUGGCCUAGAAAUUUGGAUAACUGAGGUGGAUUUAAAACAGGAAAAAUUGACUUCUUAUUUUAAACGACACACCUUUGAGUUCCUGUCCUCCACCUUGUCACUGCUGCCUAUCCAGAAUAAACCGUCACUCUCUGAUCUUAUGGUGUCCAUCAUCAAGCAAAAAUGUCUCGAGUUCCCAUGGGUAAAGUGUUGCUCCGGAAUGUCAUUCGCCACACGGAUGCCCAUAACAAGAUUCAAGAAGAAUCUGAAAUGUGGAAAAUGAGAGAGAUGGAGAGGCAGGCUCCAAGGAAUUAUUCAAAAUGGCCACGGUCAAAAUCUCCCAGAGGCAGAAUGCGAUGUGAUGGCUAUGAUGAUGAUGAGAGAGAAGCAACCUCAACAUACAGCUCUGAGAAGGACAGUCGGGAGGCAAGAUAUUGGACCAAGAAACUGUAUGAUUUUGAAGCCAAUGAUCCAAACCGAUGGGGACACAGUGGUUUUAAAGAGCUAUAUCCAGAAGAGUUUCAGACAGAAAGUGACAGUGAUGAAGAAAAUGUGAAAGAAAGUAAACAUUCAGGACAUUCUGCAAAAUCAUCCACCCAAGAGUCAAGAAAAAGAAAAAGGUCCAAGAAAGCGAGCAGAAAAGAAAAAAAAAAAUCUGCAAAAAAACACAAGAAAAGAAAAAAGGAGGAGAACAGUGAACUAGAAAGUGAAGAUUCAAGCUCAGAUGAGAAAUAUAGCAAAAAAAGGCGAGCAAAAAGAAAGGUAAAAAAGUCCAAAAAAGCAAAACUCAAAAGCAAAAAGGAUUCAUCCAGAGAGAGUGAUUCUGGCAGCUCUGAGGAGGAACAACAGAAACAGACUCAGAGAAAGAAGAAAAAACAUCAUCAAAUGAAAAUGGAGGAGACAACUGUAAAUCAUGAAAUAAAGAAUAAGCGCAAAAAUUGGAAAAUAGCAAAUGACGAAAAAUCGGAAGAAAGUUCAGAAGAUUAGAAGAAACAAACUUGAUUUUAUUCCCUUUGAGUGAGUGAAAGUACUUGUUGAUCACAUUGGAUCAUUAGGUGUACAGCACCUGCAAAGCUGAUAUUCCAGCUCUUCUCAGGGCAUGUUUUGAACCCUCAUUUGAAAUGUCCACCUUUAGUAACAAAAUCACUGCGAGUGAACUUUUUCCCCUUCUUUUCAGGCUUUUAAUAUUUCAACUUCACUUUCUGGGUAUAAAAGCCAAAGAUGAAAAGUGAUUUACAAAAAGUGUUUUUCUUUUUUAUGUUAUGUACUGUAUAUUCCAGAGUAAUUUGUUAUUUUAUGAAAACGAAUUUGGUUGAAUAUUCAUUCAACUUUAUUUUUUUGUAAUAAUAUGAUUUACAUGCAUGUAUGCAUGUAGAACUGUUGAAAAUUUUAAACAAACCUAUCACGAGAGACCUUCAUACAGAAUUCACUUUAUAUAAGAGCACUGAUCAGUGGCUUCUCUAACAUAAACUAGACAGGAGAAGUCACUUGGGGGAACAAGAUAUUACCAGGCUCCUGUUACUGAAAUUGUGGAGGUAACAAAUGAUAUUUUGGUGUCAGUUUCUCACAGAUUUGGAUGCAGAGUUAGUCACUGGAAUAUCUGUACAGUGUGUUUUCUAUUAUCAAGUGUAUAUUUUUUUAUUUAUUUUUUUUUACCAAGCAAAUGCAAUAUGUGAAUUAUCCAGAUGUCCACUAAUAGCCCUCAGGUUUACUAAGAUAAUGCUAAAUAAAGUAUGGGUUAUUCUGACAGAUAUUAGCUGCAAUUGAAAAUUUUUGAAUAAUGCUUUCUUAACCUGAAUGUUAAUUGAACUAAAAGUGAAGAGGAAAUAUUAAAGUGUAAUAUAUUUAUUAUGUAUGCCAGAUUUAGGAACUUUUAAAAUGACAUAGCUCAAUUCUAGCUCUAUCCACUGAAAAGUGCACUUUUAGAAUUUUAUUGAAUUUGCCAUUUUCAUCAUGGAUUUAAUUUUUAAACAUCUAAACGGUUAUGAUGCAGGGUAUAAUAUUCAUGUUCUCACAUUCGCUAUGUUAAAGUUUUGUAUAGGUUGAACAUUUUCAACUUUGUACUUGGCCACUUCCAAAUAAUUUCCAUGAGCAUUAAAUUAUUUUUAUUAA